AUGUCUUGUAGGACUGGUAUCUCAGGUCCCGCAAUCUCACUGGACUAUACGGACAGAGAUCAUGGCGACGGCCUGAAUUACUGGUCCUCCUACUAUUUAUCGGAUGCUGGCUCGGACCCUAGCGAUGACGACCCUCAUGAGUGGUUUGCCCGAAUGCGACUUGAUGGUUCAUUCAUCACACCAGACUCUGACUUGGAUGAUGACUUUAUCUACUACAACAACCGACCCCUCUACACCACCGAGGAGUUCGAAGAGACGGAGAGGCGCAGGGAUGACCACGACGGCCAUGACGACUUCAACCGGCAUGACUGGUUCGCUCAAAUGCGACUUGAUAGUUCAAUCAUCACACCAGAGUCUGACUCGGAUGAUGACUUUAUGCACUAUAAUAACAAUCGCUCCAUCCCCGAGGAGGUCGAAGAAACCGAUAGGCCCACGGACGGUGACUACCCAGGUACCAUAACCAUCCGACCUGGCGAAUACAACCCAGGCACCGGACAAGUCAUUCCCGAAAAGUUCACCCCGCCCAAUCCCUCCAUCAGGCCACAGGACCUCUUCCCGCCGGGUCGACGAGAGGAUACGUCCCCUCCUGUCCGUCGGUUCAUCUCGCGGUUGAACACGAACGAGAUGCUCAUCUACACGGACGGCGCCUGCCUGGGCAACGGCCAGGCGAAUCCGAGGGCAGGCUGCGGCGUGGUCUUCAGAGAGGAGCGGCCGGGACGAAGGGGCCAUUUUGCGUUCCCGCUUGAGCUGCAGGGUCCGACGGGGCACUUGCGUCCGCAGACGAGCAACCGGGCCGAGCUGCGGGCUGUGAUUGCCGCGUUGCAGUUCCGCUUUUGGGCCGGCGAGGGGUGGACGAAGGUUGUUAUCGCGACGGACUCGGAGUAUGUGGUUGAGGGGGCAACGUCGCGGAUUAAGGGCUGGGUGCGGAAUGGGUGGCGGACACGGAAUGGGAGGUCUGUCAAGAAUAAGGAUCUGUGGAAGUGCUUGUUGCGAUGGUGUGAGGAUGCGGCUACGACUCGGGCAAAGACGAAGCUUGAGUUCUGGCGGAUCCCGCGCGAGUGGAAUGCCGAAGCAGAUGGGUGGGCUAAACAUGCUGCUGCUCAGGAUGAGAGGGCAACUGUUUUUGUGAAGCCGACGGGUUAUCUGAUUUAG